GGACUAAAAAUUUAUUCGUAUCUAGUCAAAACAAUAAAUAAUUAAUUAAUUUAUAAAACAUUUCAUACUUGAGCCGAUUAUUUGUAGGUGCCAUUAAUCAAAUAAAAGAGCAGAGAAAUAAACGGAGAGAGUCUCAAAAGAAAGAGAUCAGAUCCUCCUUCCAAUCACACCAGAAAGUGCUGUGAGCUAGAAAGAGCAGAAGAGAGAUGGGGCUGACAUUUACGAAGCUCUUUAGCCGGCUUUUUGCCAAGAAGGAGAUGCGUAUUUUGAUGGUGGGUCUUGAUGCUGCUGGUAAAACCACUAUUCUGUACAAGCUCAAGCUCGGUGAAAUCGUCACCACAAUCCCGACCAUCGGGUUCAAUGUUGAGACAGUGGAAUACAAGAAUAUCAGCUUCACUGUUUGGGAUGUUGGGGGUCAGGACAAGAUCCGUCCUCUGUGGAGGCACUAUUUCCAGAACACUCAGGGUCUCAUUUUCGUGGUGGAUAGCAAUGACAGGGACCGUGUUGUUGAGGCAAGGGAUGAGUUGCACAGGAUGUUGAAUGAGGAUGAAUUGAGAGAUGCUGUUUUGCUUGUAUUUGCCAACAAACAAGAUCUUCCCAAUGCAAUGAAUGCUGCUGAAAUAACUGAUAAGCUUGGACUUCAUUCUCUUCGCCAGCGCCACUGGUAUAUCCAGAGUACAUGUGCAACUUCUGGAGAGGGCCUUUAUGAGGGGCUUGAGUGGCUUUCCAACAACAUUGCUAGCAAGGCAUGAGCGAGGCUCAGGGUUUUGGUUGUUAGUUAGACUCGUUGGAAUUCUGGCAACUCUGGAGAGGAUGGCUUCCCCUUUGUCCUGUAACUUUUGUAACGACAGAAUGUUUACUAGAUAUAAUAUGUGCUUUGUUUAACCUCGGCUUUAGCAAUUACUUGUAGUUGUAAACAACACUUUAUUACUCCAGCCUUUGGGAGUCGGAUUUGUUGCUUAUUACUGUUUGGGUUGAUUUCUUUGGUUCAUAUCUACUAGUAUCUGAUUUGGUAUUCGUCAGUAA